AAAUUAUAAUUUUACAUUUUUGGUAAAGUUGUAUGAAAUUAAAUGAACAUUAGAUGACAUAUACAGAAAAUGGAAGAGGAUGAACGUCCUCGAACGGGAGAAAAUCCAUUGCAGAAAGCAUUAAUUGCGUGAAGCCUUUUAAUCCCUUGACAUGUUCCAGCAAACCUCUGCAGUGCAUGCAAGUAUACAUUGUGAGUAUCAUACACCGAAUUAGGGUGUAGGUAUCAUCCCAACACCGGUUUUCUUGAGUUGGUGCCCCUUUCAAAUCCUUGUUUCUCACUGAAGCCAUUUCUAUCUUACACCGAAAGAAACAAAACAGACUCUGAAAAAGGUGGUGACCCCAUUCUUGCUGAUAAAGAAUAUCUUUUUCUCCGACCCCGUAAUCUCAUUCAUAAAUUUUUAUUCUUUCUUUCACGGAGUAGUUAAAAAACUGCUGCGUUUCUGCAUUUGGCUAGCUUCGAUUUCCGAAGAAACAAACCCAAUUAAAUAAGAGCAAAGAGAAACAAUCCUAAACCUUAUAUGCUUUGUUUUAAGAGUCCCGUUUGGUAUGAAUUGGGUGAUAAGAAAGAGAUUGCUUUCUUUCACCUGCAUUUCCAUGGAAGUUGUUUUCCGCAGAUGGGUUUUUUCCUUUCUAAUCGGUUGUUGGGUUUUCAUAUCUGUUGCUUUCUCAGUGGAGAGCUUGAAUGGGAGUCCAAAGGUUAGAGGUGUGAAUUUGGGUGGAUGGUUGGUGGUGGAAGGUUGGAUUAAACCAUCGCUGUUUGACGGCAUUCCCAAUGGAGAUAUUAUUGAUGGGACCCAAUUGCAGUUCAAAUCGGUGGUGUUCCAAAAGUACGUGAGUACAGUGAAUGGGGGAGGAGCGGAAGUGACAGUGGAUAGAGACGUUCCUUCUUCGUGGGAAACCUUCAGGGUGUGGAGAGUAUCUGCUACAGAAUUUCAGUUCCGAUCCAAUGCAGGUCAGUUUCUAACAUCUGAUGGUGGAGGGGGUUCAGUAUCUGCCACGGCACAAUCACCUUCCACAAAAGAGACAUUUUUUAUAGAAAGAUUUCGUAACAGAGUUCACAUUAAACUUCUAAAUGGAUCCUACGUGCAGGCUGCAUCAGAAAAUCAGCUCACAGCUGACUAUCUUGGGGUGCCGGGAUGGGACGAUAAUGCAGCAACAUUUGAAAUGACAAUUGUCGCGAAUAUCUUGCAUGGAGAUUACCAGCUUGCUAAUGGUUAUGGACAUGAUAUUGCUAAAGAAGUCUUGAGGAAACAUAGAAGCAGCUUUGUGACACGAGAAGAUUUCCGUUUUCUGUUUGAGCAUGGGAUUAAUACUGUGAGAAUUCCUGUUGGAUGGUGGAUUGCACAUGAUCCUAACCCUCCAUUUCCUUUCAUUGGAGGAAGUUUAGCAGCUCUGGACAAGGCGUUCUCAUGGGCACUGGAUUUUAAUAUAAGGUGCAUAAUUGAUCUUCAUGCCGCUCCAGGCUCCCAAAAUGGGGUGGAGCAUAGUGCGAGUAGAGAUGGUUCGAUAGACUGGCCUAAUUCUGCAGACUACAUCUCACAAAGCUUAGAUGUUAUUAACUUUUUAGCCUCCAGGUAUGCUCACCAUCCUGCUCUGUUGGGGAUUGAGCUUUUGAAUGAGCCUUCUGCAGCUGGAGUUCCAUUAGACGUCUUAGUUACAUAUUACUUAAGAGGUUAUGAAGUAGUACGGAAGUACUCUUCUACGGCCUAUGUGAUAUUCUGCCAGAGAAUAGGCAAUGCUGACCCAAUAGAGCUUUAUCAGGCAAACAUUGGCAGUUUGAACACAGUAGUGGAUCUGCACUACUAUAACCUCUUUGAUUCAUUUUUCAAUAACACAAGUGCUCCGGAUAAUAUUCAGUUCAUAUAUAAGAGCAGGCAGCCACAAGUGCAAUCACUGAACAAUGCAAAUGGCCCCCUUGUCUUUAUUGGGGAAUGGGUGAACGAGUGGUACGUGAAUAAUGGUUCCCAGGCAGAGUACCAGGACUUUGGAAAGGCACAACUAGAUGUUUAUAAUGCUGCUUCCUUUGGAUGGUCAUAUUGGACACUCAAGAAUGCAAGAAAGCAUUGGGACUUUGAAUGGAACAUCUUGAACAGGUUCCUCUUAUUAGAAGCUUCAUCAAACAAGCAAAUCCCAAGCAAUGUUCUGUUGCUCAUGUUGGCAUGCGGGUGCUUUUAUUUCCACCAUGUGGUAUGAUGGAUAAUACAGGAGCAUCCAAAGGGACCGCAGAAGAAAGGCUUGCUGCAGUUCUCUUUCCACACCUCACAGGUAACUCAACGCAGCGAUCAAUUUCAACAAUUUUCCAUAAUAAUGAAAGAGCAUUGUAUCCAAAGAAAAUGUAAAAGAUACUAUACAACGAAUAAGGCUAUGUUCCUCCAUUUCCAUUAUGUACAAUGUAUCACAUAACGAUCAGAGCAAGUUCUCUCCA